AUGUGCGGUGUCGCGGCCAUAUUGCUUGGCGACCCCGACGCUACCAGCGCCGCGGUUGAUCUGCAUGAGUCUCUUUAUUCUCUCCAGCAUCGAGGACAAGAUGCUGCGGGAAUUGCAGUUUGCCAGGGCAGCAGAGUCUUCCAGUGCAAGGGACUGGGGCUGGCCAGCGAAGUCUUCUCAAACGGCAGACGGCUGCAACAGCUUCCGGGCUAUAUGGGGAUUGGUCAUGUCCGCUAUCCGACCAUGGGUACCGCGUCUGCGUCGGAAGCCCAGCCAUUAUACGUCAAUGCCCCAUUCGGAAUCUCGCUGACCGUGAAUGGGAACGUCCUCAAUACCGAGGAGCUCCGCAAAUACCUCGACGAGGAAGCUCAUCGGCAUAUCAACUCCGAUUCCGACUCGGAGCUUCUGGACGCUGAUGGCAUCCGCCCCCUUUGCAUUGGGUCACGACCCUCAGCUACCAUUGCGGGCGUGCAUGAUUACUUCAUGGCGUCAGAGUCAGUUGUACUACAGCAACUUGGCUUUCGUGAUAUUGUGGAUAUAUUGCCAGGCCAGGCCGUCUUCUGUCCAAAAGGCGGCACUCCCAUCUUUCGCCAGGUUGUUCCGCAGAGAGGCUAUACUCCUGACACGUUUGAAUACAUAUACGUUGCCCGACUAGAGAGUUGGAUUGAUGGCAUAUCCGUAUACCGCAGUCGGCAAAAGAUGGGAGAGAAGUUGGCCGAGAAGAUCAAAGGCGUGCUUGGAGAAAAGGGUGUCGAGGAGAUUGAUGCGAUCAUUCCAGUUCCGGAGACGAGCAACGUCGCAGCAGCUGCUUUAGCCCAGAAGUUGGGGAAGCCGUACGUGACGGCCCUCGUCAAGAACCGCUACGUCCACCGCACCUUUAUCCUGCCUGAUCAGGCUUCACGCCUAAAGAGUGUCCGCCGUAAAUUCUCUUUCGUCGAGUCGGAAUUCCAAGGCAAGAACCUGGUCAUCGUCGACGACAGCAUCGUCCGAGGCACAACGUCGCGACAGAUUGUCCAAUUGGCCAGGGAAGCGGGCGCGCUUCGCGUCGUGUUUGUCUCAUGCUCCCCACCCUGCACACAUCCGCACAUCUAUGGAAUAGACCUCGCGGACCGUUCUGCUCUGAUUGCCUACAAUAGGACGCGGCGAGAAAUCGCGGAUUACCUAGGCGCCGACGAAAUUGUCUUCCUGGAUGUCGACGGCGAGAACGGACUGAAGGCAGCGUGUAUUGAAGCAGCUCAGGGUGCGACCCCAAUCAAGGAUCUGGAAAUAGGCGUCUUUACGGGCGGCUACGUGACUGGGCUGCCAGAUGGAUAUCUCGAAAACCUGAGCGACCUUCGAAGUGGCCGCCGGAAGCAGAAAGCUGGCUUUGAAAGCCAAAAGGCUGGUGAGGACGGGGACGGAAGCGUGGCCGCGAGGCCAGCACCUGCAGGCCUGCCAUGCUCGGGCGACGCUGCUCCCCCCGACCACCGCGAGGAUAUCAACCUCUAUAAUGUCGCAAGUGAGCCCAUAGAUCGUGGGAGGUAG